CUUCGCUAUCUGUGCGUUCAGGGGCCAUAUUGUUGAUGUGUCACCUCGGGAGGAGAUCACUUACACGGACUUGACUCUCACUAUUUAUCUCUGCAGCUGGUGUAUGGCAUUUUAAAUGGAUUUAACAUAACCGUGCCAGCAGCUGAAGGAGAUCAUGGAGCCGUUGGAUUGUCAGAGCGAACUGACCCCUGCCUCUGACCCCUCACAAAGUUCAGAGGUCAACAUGGUUCCGGAAGGGUCAACCUAUGUCCUCAGCAAUGAGAGUGAACCUGUUUUAAAAGAACAGGAUGAAGACAGUCUUGAGCUGGAUGGUACUCUUCCAGGUAGUGUGGACAGAGAAGGUCACACAGAGGUUCAGCCAGAGGUUGGACCUGGAGAACAACCACAUGGUGACGGGAACACUAGCUGUGACAGUGGAACAGCAUCCAUUGAUGAUGCCAGGACACCCCUAGCUGUCCACGACAGUGUUGUAGAAUCACUUCCCGCUGUUUUUGAUGGAGAACUCGGAUGUUCUGGAAUUGAGGAACCAGCAGGGGUGGUUCCAGAAUCAGAAAGUGGGACUCAGAAUGAGGUAGAGGAAUCUUCUCCAUCUGUUCUGAAUGGGACAGAUGAUUUUUCAUCCACAGAGUUUGAUGCAUUCAAUGGGCCAACAGAACUUAACAGAACUCCUUUGACUUCUACACCAGCUGGUCAGGGUGAGGAACUGCCAGAUGUUGUUUCAGUACCCCUUAACUCACAAUCCAACUCCAACAUGAACCCAUAUGACACGGACUGCAGCAGGAAGCUGAUGUCUGAGAUCCAGCGCUCUCUGUCUCAGGAGUCUCUACUGGAUGAGCUUGAGGAUGAGCUGUUGAACAGUCAGUCAGAGGGCAUCCGAAAGGGACAUCCUCCCAAUGGACUUCAGAAGGACCAGAACUCCAUGGGUUUAUUUGAGAAGUGUGUACAGUACAAGUACUCCCAACAGGAGAAAGCCAUCAAGAGGUUACUUGAUGACAAUAAGAAACAUCAGGAGCUGAUUCUGGGCAUCUGCUCCGAGAAAGACAACAUGAGGGAUGAGCUGAAGAAGAGGAUGGAGACGGAGAAACAGCAUCAUUGCACCAUUAAGAAGUUUGAAAGCCGGGUGGAGGAACUAAUGAAGGAACUAAAAGACUCUAGAGACAAACUGGUUCACCAGGAUCAGGCUGCUAAGAAUGCCAUCCAGCAGAUGCAGAGGGAGAUUGCCUAUAGGCUUGAACAGGCCAAUAAGAAAUGUGAGGAGGCACGUCAGGAGAAGGAGACAAUGGUGAUGAAGUAUGUUCGAGGUGAAAAGGAAGCGCUGGACCUGCGGAGGGAGAAGGAACAGCUGGAGAAGAAGUUACGGGAGGCCACAACAGAAGUAGACAAGCAGGCCCGACGAGGAAACGCGCUGGCCCAGGAAAAAGGACGCCUGCAGCAGCUCUAUGAUGCCAAGGAGAAUGAGGUGACGAGACUUUCCCGUGAACUGGAGAAAGUCAAGGAAGAUAUCAAUUCUCACGUCAUCAAAGUAAAGUGGGCUCAGAACAAACUGAAGAGUGAAACGGAUGCUCACAAGGAAACAAAAGACAGAUUAAGAGAAACGACCGCCAAGCUCACUCAAGCUAAAGAAGAGACUGAACAGAUUCGCAAAAACUGCCAGGACAUGAUCCGCACGUACCAGGAAUCUGAGGAGAUUAAGUCAAAUGAAUUGGAUGCAAAACUACGAGAGACCAAAGGAGAGCUGGAGAAGCAAAAACAAGAGCAGACAGACCAUCUAGAGAUGCACAAGGCUAAGAUUAAGGAGUUGGAGGAUCUGAAGAGGACUUUUAAAGAAGGCAUGGAUGAACUGACCACCCUCCGGACCAAGGUUAAGUGUCUGGAGGAUGAACGGCCCCGCUGGGAAGACGAACUCUGCAAAUACAGAGAGAUCAUUAACAGACAGAAGGCUGAGAUCCAGAACCAGAGGGAAAAACUCUCUGCCAUCACUAGACUAGAGGAGCAGCACCAGAGGGAUGAUCAGGAAAUUGCAUCCUUGCGGGAGGAGGUGGAGAAUCUGAACUCUCAGAUAACUGACCUGCUGAGGGACAUUGAAGGCAGCAGGACGAGAGAGGCAGAGCUACUGGGCUUCACUGAGAAAUUGACCAGUAAAAAUGCUCAGCUCCAGUCUGAGAACAACAGCUUACAGGCCCAGCUGGACAGAUUGAACAACAGCUCCAGAGAGCUGCACAGCAAACUAGAGGAGACCGAGAGAUCCCUCUCUGAAAUGACUGAAAGGUUGAAGAGAGAGGCGCAACAGAGACAGGAGGAAGUUUUGGCGUUGCAGACGGAGAGAAUGUCGCUGCAGACGGAGACAUCACAACUAAAGACACGCAUGGAGGAAUUACGAGACGAACUGGUCACUCAGAAGAGAAAACAGACGGCCAACAUCAAAGACCUCACCAAGCAGCUCACGCAGGCUCGUAAGAAGCUGGAUCAGGUGGAGAAUGGAGGAUGUGAUCGAGAGGGCAGCAGUAUGGGCAGCCGCUCCAGUUCCUCAGGACACCAUCUAAACGGAAGUUGGAAUUCCUCAUGGCAGCGCUCAUCGUUUACUCAGGAAAAAGGCUCUCUAAACGCACGUGGUAGCAGUAUGGAUGAUCGCUCUCCGGAGAAUCAGUCCGGUUCAUCGGUGGUAGUGGUGGACAGCUUCCCCGAGGUGGACAAAGCUGUGCUGGUGGAGCGUAUCGUGCGGCUGCAGAAAGCACAUGCUCGUAAGAACGAAAAGAUUGAAUUCAUGGAGGACCACAUCAAACAACUGGUGGAGGAGAUCAGGAAAAAGACAAAGAUUAUCCAAAGUUACGUGCUCAGAGAAGAGACUGGAGCUCUGUCUACAGAAGCCUCAGACUUAAACAAAGCUCACUUGAUCCGGAGGGGAGGCAUCAUGGCAUCGCUGUACACCUCCCACCCCGCCGACAGCGGCCUCACUCUCGACCUCUCGCUGGAAAUCAACCGCAAACUCCAGGCUGUGUUAGAGGACACCCUGCUCAAAAACAUCACGCUGAAGGAAAAUCUCCAGACGCUGGGUUCGGAGAUCGAACGACUAAUCAAGCAGCAAAGGGUGCCGGAUGAUACAGCCGGAAGGAAGUGAAGUCAGCUGAGGGGAAGGCUGUUACAGUAAACAGCACACGCUGUUCAACUGAGCCCGUUACAAAACGCUUGAGAACAAAACGGUUCUCAUUUCAUCAGACAAGUUCAGUCUGAAACAUACACUGGAAGCACAGUUUGCGGUGAGGACUGAACUGCGCCAGAGAUACUCGCGUGACAAAUGAAUGAAAAGCACAGAGGUUACCAAGAGUCUGUGCUCACGUUUCUUCACAUCGUGCCCAACAUCCAACGUUCCUCUCUUCACCGUCCUCUGUGAUGUAGCCGGCUCACCUGUGCCUUGAUGAGUCAAGUUCAUCAGGUUCAGAGCAGAAUCGCAGUCCUAUAUCCAACGACCUGGUGUAUGAAGUUGGGUAGAUGAAUGACUAUUCUCAUAAAUGUGACCCCACGCUCUUUUUGAAGAACAAAAUGCGCUGGACUAAUGGAGAGCUGCGGAUUCUGCAGCUCUUUAGAGGCUUUCAGAGGCUUUUCCUCUAUUCACGACGCCGCAGGUUAAUGGCUGCUCCUCCCCGCUCUCAUUUCCCCCUCAUGCAAACGUGCCAAUUAAUGAAUGUAUUAUGUAAUGAAAAGGACCCUUGUAUGUAAUCCCACACGCUCUGACCCAAGAGAGUGGGCAACAUUCCCCGUUCGCGCUGCUGCUAGGUUACCGCUACGCCCGGAUAGCAUUAUCUCUCAUAAAGCACUUAGGCGAGAAGGGCCAUGCCAAAAAGUACAGCUCUUGCUCUGUCUCAUUAUGAAGUUAAAAACAUUAAUCAGAAUGAUUAACUUCAUCUUAAAAAUGUUGAUCCAUCUUGGGCUAGUCUUAAGGGAGCUUGCAUUUUUACUAUCAGUUUGUUUUAUCUGGAUUGAGUUGUAAUUAAAUAUUGUUAUUUUUCCUCCCAUCUUCUUUCCCCCCUUCUACCUCGGCUUGUAUGUUUUCUGUAGAAACAAGCUUGUUACUGUUUUAUGUUCCAUCUUUUUUUUUCUUUUCUUUGUAUGACGUUGCAAAGCUGCUUUUGAAAAGCCGGUUGCUCCCCAAAGAGACGUAGAGUGUAACAUCCCCAUGAAAUGAAGGAGACAUUGGAAAUAUUAAGGGCAAAAGUGCAAUUUUAACCCCCCUUUUUGUUUGUUUGACUGAGCUGUAAUCGCCCUGGCCGGCGUCCCAUCUAAGACUCCUGCAAAAUAUCCCGUUAGCAUCCAGUUCCGUGGUGAUGUAACCAUAUGGCACGCAACAUCGUGCAGAGCUGAAUCCAUUCCUACCCAUGAAUUGCGACUGCUUGAGACUUCGCUGUUCUGCUUCCGACUCCGUCCCUUCUUUCAGGGGUGCAUGAUAAGGAAUUGCACCAUCGGAUGCAGCUGAUGGAUUUUUCACUUUCACCUUUAGAGCUUGUAAAAGACAGACAUGCAUUGAUUGGCAGAUCUCAGCCAGUUUACCAACCAUUUUAGUGCCAUUCUCACUGGGUUUUCUCCCGCUUGAGUCGCUAUUGAAAGUAAAAUCAUGCCAUACACUGUGAUAAAGGGUUUAUAAUAACAUGGCACACUGCGAUAUAAGCUUGUCAAGGUCAUAUCAGCUGUUCCAACUUGAGAGCCUGUAUUGUAGCUUUCAGUACUCCCAAAUCCCAAACACAUUGCACACAUUCUGGAAAAAGCAGGAUGAGGGAAAUUAUGCAAUGCUAGCAGAAAAAUAAGCAUUUACACACAGCCCUUAAUGGCGAAAUGAAGACUCACUAAUCUGUUGAUAAUUUAUCAGUGUACUUUACAUUCAUAAUUUAUUUAAUGUCUCAAAAUAGAAGAAAGAUCUCUUGAAGUAUGUAUGUUUGUGAAUGGUGAAUUGAAACUGAUGAGAAAAAGAAAAAAAUUACGUGUUGAUUCUGUUUAUGGUCUGUAACCUGUGCUCUGCUUGAUUGUAUAGUGAGUGAAACUGUGAUUAUAAACUUGUAGAUAUAUUGUACAAUGGUCCAAUGUUUUUAAACUUCUGGAGUCUUCUGUAUAUAUGGCGUUUAAAGGGGAUUAAAAUGAAAAAAUUAUAA